UUGUUUUCAUUUGGGGCACACCGACCCCGAAGGGACCUCUCUUCUCGUCUCCCUGACCUCCUCCGUGCUCUCUCUCUUGGAUAAAUUAGCGAUGAGGGCCGCAAGCUGCGCCGAGUUGUUUUGAUGGAUCGCCGAUAUCUCCUCGAGCUUGCAGGGGUCGCCGCAGCCGACUGGUUCUACUCAUCGGAUAGCUGAAGGAUCGGUGGUUCUUGAUCGCUUCUUAGCUCUUCUCUUCCCGUCAGCUGACGGAAUCGAUCUAUAGAUUGCAGGCCUGUGUUCGGCCGGCCGCAGCAUGUGCGGUGGUCCAGAACGCAUAAAGUCCUCGUCGUCGUCUGUGUCAUCGCUGGCUCCUAGUUCACAGGAAGACCAAAAGCAACGCUCUCCGGCCGCUGGGAUGAACGUCCUCACUGUCGACAUCGACAACUCUUCGAGCCUUCUCGAGCUAGCUGCUAACGACGAUGUGGAUGCCCUCAAGGUUGCCCUCGAUCGCGACCCGUCAGCCAUCGAGGAGGUCGGCCUCUGGUACGGCCGUAGGAAGGGCUUCAGUCGCAUGGUGCUCGAGCACCGGACUCCAUUGAUGGUGGCCGCCACAUACGGUAGUCUAGACGUCCUCAAGCUCAUCGUCUCGCUGCCUUCUGUUGAUGUCAACCGUGUCUUCGGCCCUGAUAGCACCACUGCCCUCCACUGUGCCGCAUCCGGCGGAUCCUUACAAGCUGUUGAUUCUGUGAAGAUACUCCUUGCGGCCGGUGCCGAUCCCACUUUGGUGGACGUCAACGGAAACCGCCCGGCUGAUGUCAUCGUGGUGCCUCCCAAGGUGGCUUUUGCGAAGACUGUCCUCGAACAACUACUUGGAAGGAGCACUAGUCUUUCGGAUGGUUCAUAUCACUCCCAUCUUCCUCUUCAUGUUUUGACCAGCUCGCCGAACUCCAGUUCGCCACCGCUUUCUUUGUCUCCUGGCGAGGAUGGUUCCCCAUCGUCCGACUCCACUUCGUCUCCUCCCACGGCGAGGUUCCUCGACCUUCCUCCAGUGACCGUGUCCGAGAAGAAAGAGUAUCCUGUUGAUCCAUCUCUCCCGGACAUCAAGAACAGCAUCUAUGCCACAGACGAAUUCCGGAUGUUCUCGUUCAAAAUCCGCCCAUGCUCCCGUGCAUAUUCCCAUGACUGGACCGAAUGUCCCUUCGUCCAUCCUGGUGAGAAUGCUCGGCGGCGCGACCCGAGGAAGUACCACUACAGCUGCGUCCCUUGCCCUGACUUUCGGAAGGGGGCGUGCCGGAGGGGAGACAUGUGUGAGUAUGCACAUGGGGUGUUCGAGUGCUGGCUUCACCCGGCACAAUAUCGCACGAGGCUCUGCAAGGACGGGACCAACUGCUCCCGCCGGGUAUGUUUCUUUGCACACACAAAUGAUGAGCUCCGCCCACUCUAUAUGUCGACUGGCUCUGCUGUGCCCUCUCCCCGAGCCUCCUCUUCUGCGAUGGAGAUGGCUGCAGCGAUGGGGUUCAUGCCCGGGUCACCAUCUUCGGUUUCUGCUAUUAUGUCUCCCUUCACACCGCCCAUGUCACCAUCGGCCAAUGGUGUUAGCCAGUCUUCAUUGGCUUGGCCACAGUCGAAUGUGCCCAUGUUGAAUCUUCCUGCCGGCAAUCUUCAGUCGAGCAGGCUGCGGUCAUCCCUUAGCGCAAGGGACAUGCCGGUAAAUGACUUCUCGGUGAUGUCCGAGUUUGAUACCCAGCAGCUGUUGAGUGACUUGUGCUACCCCCAUCCGAGCCCAUCAGCGGGGAGUCGUUCUGUUCUAACCAAAACUCUGACCCCUUCAAACCUUGAUGACUUCUUUGCAGCUGAGAUGGCCUCAUCUCCGAGGUAUAAUUCCGAUCACGGGACUAUUUUUUCCCCAUCUCAAAGGACUGCUGUCAUCAAUCAGUUCCAGCAACAGGAAAGCCUCCUCUCACCCAUUAACACAAGUGUGUUCUCCCCGAAGGCUGUUGAUACUCAGCAUCUACCUGCUCAUUCAUCCAUGUUGCAAGCCUCUCUCAAUGUCUCUUCACCUGGUCUCAUGUCUCCACGAAGUGUGGAUCCUGCCUCUCCAAUGAGUUCUCGCCUGGCUAUUCUCACGCAGAGGGAUAAGCAGCAGCGGCAGCAGUCACUGCAGAGCCUGAGCUCGCGUGAUCUCAGUCCGAUUUCAUCUACGAUUGUGGGCUCUCCAAUUAACUCAUCAUGGGCCAAGUGGGCAUCUCCCUCUGGUACAGCUGACUGGGGAGUGAACUGCAAGGAGCUUGGACAUCUCAGGCAAUCAUCUUCCUCUGAGAUGCGGGGUGAUGGGGAGGAGCCUGAUGUUUCUUGGGUUCAUUCUCUAGUGAAGGAAUCACCGCCUGAGAAAGUUGUACCUACAGCAAUGGCUCCUGCUGGCCCUUCUGACUUUUCUGCCAUUGGUGCUGAGAGUUCAAUUUCAAAUGAUCAGUUGGAUGGGCAUGAUCAAGCUGCGGUGCUUGGUGCAUGGCUUGAACAGAUGCAGCUUGAUCAGAUGGUAAGUUGAUGGAAAAACCUAAAUUUUGGCUAUAAUGCUAGAUGGGAGGUAUUUCACAAUAGUAACUGGGUCUAGUAAAUGAUAUUUUUUGGUUAGUUGGGUGGUGAAGAAGGGAAAGAAGCAGGAAGGAGUAAUUUCAGAGAUUCAUUUCUUCGAAAACAGAUUUCUUGUUACUUCAAAGGGUUCAAUGAGUUCAAAAUGAUAGGGGUUUACUUCUGGGUUAUACAACGGUGUGCCCCAUUUGAACCGAUUUCCUAUGUUUUUGAUAUUUUUUGCUCCUAUCUUUAUCUCUAAACCUCAGUAUAUGUUUGAUGGCUACAAAACUUUGUUCCCAUUUGGUUAACUAUAAUGUUUAUUUUUGGUGGAAAUGGUGCUGGUAAUAUAAAAAAAAGGUAUCAAUUUUCAAGUCCCAUCUUUAUUGAGGAUAAAAUAGAGGUUCUAGAAGUCUGUAUCGAAGGGCUUCAGUUGGGGACUUGAAUUGAUGCACUUGUUCUGGAGAAUCCUAGGGUGGUAAGCUUAGUGCACAUGUUCUCUGCCUGAUGUAGCAUUUGUAUAAACUUUAUUCUCUAUUAUUUUAGUUCCAUAUAUAUAUUUUUUCCUA